CUUGCUCUUCCCAAAACACUAUCCUUAUUGCACUAGGUAGAUACAAUUUUGUUUAAUAACAGCUUUUUAAAAAAUCUCAAUUUAAAUAAAAAAAAUCAAGUAAAUUGAUAGUGAAUUUGGUAGUGGGAAUGGAACAAAUUGUGAAGACAGAAGGUCUAGAGCUGAGCUUUGGGAAGCCACAGGGCACAUGUAAGACACUGGGAUGAAUAUGUACCUGGAAAAGUCCUAGGUGUACUCCAAGGAGGAAUAGAGUCAUGGCUACGAUUUAUUAGAGAAUAAGAGAGGUUGGAAAAGCAAAGCACUGAGAAGUUCAGGAGAAUCAGGGGAAGGUUCUUGGAAGAGGUGGCAGUUAAAUUGGAUUUUAAAGAAGAAGCUGGAGAAGCAAGACAUCCACACUGGGGGUGGUGGUGUUGGCAACAAGAUAGUUUGUGUGAAGUGCUUUAAAACAGUUGAGUGAGCAGUGGUGUAGAGAAUUGAUAAUAUUUCUGGUCAGAUGAAGGGACAGAUUUGAAGGCCAGGGAGAAUAUUUUUGGUGGCAACUAUGAAGGGCCAGAGGGGAAAUAAUAUAAUCUAAGAGGCCUCAAGGUUGCCAAGGAGGCUGUAGACCAAAUGGCCAUUGAAGACUCUUGUUGGCAGGGCCAGCCGGGCUGCCAGUCUGAGCUGGCAGUGUUUGUGCCUUCAGAGCCACUCGCUUGUUCCAGCAGCAACCUUCUUCCUCUUCUCAGAAACUUCUCAGCUUCUCUAGCCUGCACUGUGUCCCACAAGCAGGGCUGGAAACCUCAUUCAUCCUUGGGCCUCUGGAACUCGUAAUCCUAAAAUGUCUUGCCUGGUCUGGAAUGUCUUUUCUAUUUCCCCCAUCCUGGAAUUCCAAAGCCAAUCAAAUUAUCUUUCCCCAACUCAAGAGUUAAUCAUCAGCUUCUUAUGUAAAUCAGAACAGGAAAGUCUUGCUUGGUCAAUUCCUUUGAGAAUAUUGUUCUGAUGCUGUUCUUCAGUAACUCGGCUGCCUCUGCCUACCUAUUCAGCACUUACCAGUUAACAAGAAGCUCUUUCUGGCUCCCAACUGAAGCUCUCUGAGGCCAGCAGCAGCCGUCGAUGUUCACGGAGUUCGGGCAGGCAGCCAAAUGAGUGGGAAUUGGGUGCACCCAGGCCAGAUCCUAUUUUGGGCUAUCUGGGUCCUUGCAGCCCCCACCAAGGGGCCUUCUGCUGAAGGGCCACAGAGGAACACCAGGCUGGGAUGGAUUCAGGGCAAGCAAGUCACCGUGCUGGGAAGCCCUGUGCCUGUGAACGUGUUCCUCGGAGUCCCCUUUGCUGCUCCCCCGCUGGGACCCCUGCGAUUUACAAACCCUCAGCCUGCAUCGCCCUGGGAUAACUUGAGAGAAGCCACCUCCUACCCUAAUUUGUGCCUCCAGAACUCAGAGUGGCUGCACUUAGAUCAACACAUGCUCAAGGUGCAUUACCCCAAUAUCGGCGUGUCAGAAGACUGCUUGUACCUGAACAUCUAUGCGCCUGCCCACGCUGAUGCAGGUUCCAAGCUCCCCGUCUUGGUGUGGUUCCCAGGGGGUGCCUUCAAGACUGGCUCAGCCUCCAUCUUCGAUGGGUCUGCUCUGGCUGCCUAUGAGGACGUGCUGGUUGUGGUCAUCCAGUACCGGCUGGGAAUAUUUGGCUUCUUCACUACAUGGGAUCAGCAUGCGCCGGGGAACUGGGCCUUCAAGGACCAGGUGGCUGCUCUGUCUUGGGUCCAGAAGAACAUCGAGUUCUUUGGUGGGGACCCCAGCUCUGUGACCAUCUUUGGCGAGUCCGCGGGAGCCAUAAGUGUUUCGAGCCUUAUACUGUCUCCCAUGGCCGAAGGCUUAUUCCACAAAGCCGUCAUGGAGAGUGGGGUGGCCAUCAUCCCUUACCUAAAGGCCCAUGAUUAUGAGAAGAGUGAGGACCUGCAGGUGGUUGCACAUUUCUGUGGGAAGAAUGCAUCAGACUCUGAAGACCUGCUGAGGUGCCUGAGGACAAAAUCCUCCAAGGAGCUGCUGACCCUCAGCCAGAAAGUAAAGUCUUUCACUCAAGUGGUUGAUGGUGCUUUCUUUCCUAAUGAGCCUCUAGAUCUAUUGUCUCAGAAAGCAUUUAAAGCAAUUCCUUCCAUCAUCGGAGUCAAUAACCAUGAGUGUGGCUUCCUGCUGCCUAUGAAGGAGGCUCCUGAGAUCCUCAGUGGCUCCAACAAGUCCCUUGCCCUCCAUCUGAUACAAAACAUCCUGCACAUCCCGCCUCAGUAUUUGCACCUUGUGGCUAAAGAAUACUUCCAUGACAAGCACUCCCUGACUGAAAUCCGAGACAGUCUUCUGGACUUGCUUGGAGAUGUGUUCUUUGUGGUCCCUGCACUGAUCACAGCUCGAUAUCACCGAGGUGAGUCUCUGAGCACCCCCCUCCAGGACCACAGCCCAGCGAGGCUGGUGGCCACGGUGAUCCAUGUUGUCUACUGACUGGCUGCCUCCUCUGCCUCUGUUCCUUCACAGAGAGGGUGUCUGUGUCUGGAUGGGAACAUGCCAUGGGUACCUGUGUCAUUCACCUGCCUUUCAGAGUUUGGGAAUGUUGAUCAGUUGUUUCUGUUUCUUCCCCUUCUUCAGGACCAUGUAGAAAAUUCUCAUCUCCCUAUAAUUUUCUGGGCGCUGUCCCCCGGGAUUUUUUCUUUCUAGAAAUGUCUUCCCCAACAUCUUAGCCAUACAUAGUAAUGGAACAAACAUUUUAGCUAUAAGGAGUAAUGGAUUCCUAAAGUAAUAGACUUUAAUUCAACUAUUUUAAAGGCAGAAUGGUAUUAAGUACAUUCAUCUUGUUGUACAACCAUCACCGCUAUACAUCUUCAGAAUGUUUUUAUCAUCCCAAACUGAAAAUCAGUACCUAUUAAAAAUAACUCCCCACUCCUCUUUUCCCCAGA